AGAAAGACCCUUUCCUGAUCGGAAUUCCACUUCCGAUUUUUAAAAGAGUCUCUGAAUCCAAACCAAACACGGCGAGUCUCUGAAUCCAAACCAAACACGGCGAUCCAUUCAAGGGACAGGAAAUAAAUUUCCAAGCCUCGUCGCUUUGCCUUCCACUCUCUAUUUUUUUUUUUUUUUUGGUCUUCCCUCAUUCCAGAAUCUGUCGUCAAUCUUCAAUUGCCCAGCUCCUGCACAAAAUCAGACAUUCCCUAUUUAAUUAUUCCUCUUCUGGGUUUCUCUGGGGAAGUUCGAAGUUUAUUCUUGCGCCUUUAGGAGCAGUUUUCCCGUUUGUUUCCUGGGAAAAGUUCGAUACCGAGGCUUUAAAGUGGGGGUCGUUGCUGCUGUUUGUCCCACGUUUUUCGUUUUCCAGGUUGUUCUUUGCGCUGGAAGUGUUUUUCUCGUGAUUUCUCAGGUUCCCGUCGUGCCAAACCCCAGAUCGUUGCUUAAUCGUCGGAAUUAUCCCUCCCAAUUCCAGGUCCCAUUCUCCUACCAUAAGGGAGUUUGUUUCUUUUCUGAAGAAACAAAACUUGUUGAGCAAUGCUGAGCAGUUCUCACAUGUUGUAUUGCAGCUUCUUCUGUCGUGCAUGCGUGAUCUGGAGAUUUUAAAUACAAUGGGCCUUGGACGCAGUGCUUUUGCUAGAAAACCAAAUGAGACUAUGAGGCUUAUUGUUACCACCUUCGUUGGAGCUGUUUUAGGGUUUUUAUUGGGAGUAUCUCUUCCAAUAUUCACUGUCAUGAAUAAGGAGCUGAAUCUUCCGUCAAGCCUUCUUACACCAGUUGAUAUCUCACAUACUGAGGUCAAAAGUUCAGGCCCCUCAGCCCAUACACUACCCCCUGCCUCAUCUAUUAGAAGUAACUCAACUGUUGCUCGAAAACCAAACAACACGUCAAAGAUAUGGGUCCCAACAAAUCCUCGAGGUGCAGAAAUGUUGGCGCCUGGUAUUGUUGCAGCUGAGUCAGACUUCUACCUCCGCAGAUUGUGGGGUAAGCCCAGUGAGGACCUAGCCAUCAAACCGAAGUAUCUGGUCACAUUUACUGUUGGUUAUGAUCAGAAAAUGAAUAUUGAUGCAGCAGUUAAAAAGUUCUCAGAAAACUUUACCAUACUUCUAUUUCAUUAUGAUGGCCGAACAACUGAAUGGGACGAGUUUGAGUGGUCAAAGCAAGCUAUCCACGUUAGUGUUCGGAAGCAAACAAAAUGGUGGUAUGCCAAGCGGUUUCUGCAUCCUGACAUUGUGGCAGCAUAUGAUUACAUAUUUAUCUGGGAUGAAGACCUAGGGGUUGCGCAUUUUAAUGCAGAAAAAUAUAUACAGUUAGUGAGGAAGCAUGGUUUGGAGAUUUCGCAGCCUGGUUUGGAGCCUAACAAAGGUUUAACGUGGCAGAUGACAAAGAGAAGAGGUGAUCGUGAAGUUCACAAGAUAACAGAGGAGAAACCAGGCUGGUGCUCAGACCCCCAUUUGCCUCCCUGUGCAGCAUUUGUUGAGAUCAUGGCUCCUGUGUUUUCUCGGGAUGCAUGGCGCUGUGUUUGGCAUAUGCUUCAGAAUGACUUGGUCCAUGGAUGGGGUCUUGACUUUGCUCUCAGAAGAUGUGUAGAGCCUGCUCAUGAAAAAAUAGGAGUUGUAGAUGCUCAGUGGAUUGUUCAUCAAACUGUUCCCUCGCUUGGGAACCAGGGGGAAUCGCACAAUGGGAAGGCACCAUGGGAAGGGGUGAGAGAGAGGUGUCGGAAAGAGUGGACAAUAUUUCAAACUCGGAUUACCAAUGCAGAAAAUGCGUACUUCAAGAAAAUGGGAAUUGAUCCUUCGAAUUCCACAGCCCAUUAGUAGACGACAAUGGCAGAACCUAUUACGUUACAACAACCGGUGCUGCCAUGCUUGCCAACUUACACUGAUAGGAUCCACUGUCAAGCUAUAAACAUUGUAGAGUUAAUUUAUUAGUAAUUACCAUUUAUUUUAACGUUUCCUUCUUAAGAGGGAACUUUUUUUACAAUACCUGCGUUUACAGCUUGCUAGAGCCUAUGACGAGCCAAGGAUGACUUUUCCAUGAAUACCCAUAUUCCUUCGCUCAGGGUUUUACUGCUAGAUCGGUACAGCCCCCAAUGUUGUAAGUUUACAUGCUCACUGAAUCAUAUGAUUGCCUUCAUUUUUUUGUUUUCUAAGUUUUGAUCCGUACAAAUUGUAAAACCCUUGAAGGGCACUACCACCGUCGAUUGUUAUUUUACCUUUUUGUAAAGGGGCAGGCCUCUUUCCACAGCUGAAAAGGGUGCUGCUUGCACCCUCCUUGGAGAGGCAUUCAGUAUCGUUUGUUUUCAAAAUAAAAAUAAUGCAUUAUGGCAUCCCAGUUUGCUCGUCUGCGACGGGGAAGCACUCAUUUAUGUUGCCUUUGCAA